CCCUCAAUGAACGGGUGGGAGGUGGCCGGACCAGGUCGGGAAGCUACACGCCCUGGAGUCAGACCCGAGCCGGCGUGGCCACGCAGAGGAAGGCGGCGGCCGGACCCGCUGGGAUUCGUAGCAAGGAAUUGAUGGGUCCUCAGUCACGGCCUGACUCCUUUUAACAGAGGGACCUGGAGGAAGGAGCUGGAUUCCUUGCGCCCUUGCCUUUCAGUCAAGCUUGGGAGGCAUGCCGUGGCCCGGCCCUCCUGGGGCUGCGUGGGCUACCACAGCGGGCCCGCGAGAUAAAUGGCGACUUCGCUCCAGCCGGCGCCGUCACACUUCGGUUUUAAACUCGGGACAGACUUCCCGGCUGCACCGAAGGCCGGGCGGGAGGAUUCUGGCAGAGCGCGGCGGGAGUGGCCCGGCGGACGCGAGGAGGCGGGGAGCGCCGGGCCAAAGAGCCUCAGCCAAUCAGCGUACAAACCGCCUGACAACCGGCCAAUCAGCGGGCGCAAAGCUCGGGGGCCCGAGCGGAUAAUACUAGGAAAGGGAGCGAAGGCUGGCGACUGCUGUGAGGGGCGCUGCGUCGCACGCUACUGGGUACGCCCGCCCGCCCCGGGAGCUUGCUACCUGAACCUGGUCAAGGCGGCCCAACCUUCCCGCCCAGCUAGGGACAGAGAAAGCCAAAAGCAGCCUCAGCGAGGUGAAGCGCCCGGGGCUGCUGAGGACAGAUCAGAACUUUGCAGAGUCCGGGAUGUGCGGGGCGAAGUCGCUGAGGAUUUGACUCACCUUCUCCAUGCCCCUUCUCCUCCACUCCUCAUCCACUGGGCUCCGGGCCUCCAGCUGUCAACCCCCGAUUUCGUGACAGGGUGUGGCAACCCCGAUUUCUGUUUGCAAGCACAGCCAGCAGCCCAAGAGCAAGGUCCCAAGGCUGGAUAUCUUUUGCCUCGGCUGCUUAGCCGGGGCCUCAGAGUCUUGGUGAGUGCUGUGAUGUAG